UAGAGCUACCAGUUUUACUCGCUCUUCCAAUAGAGGCAACACGGAGAACAAAGACGCAAAACAUGGCGAAUACGGUGGCCGGAUUAUCUCCGGUUUUGGCUCCAUUUUAUUCUCCGAUAACUGUUAACCGGAAGCCAAUUAAUUUCUUCAAGCCGCAUCUUCUCUCGUACAAGCAAAACCCUAUAUCGACUCUACACAGGUCGAGAACUGCUCGUGUGAUUGAGGUAGCACCCAAGCGAAGGAAUCUGUUGUUUACUGUUUUUGGGUCUCUCACUGAUGAUUCCGGGUUAAACCCAGAAGAAGAAUCAAAGGAUUCCGCAGAGGGACAGGUUGCUUCAAUAGAUAUUAAACUACCAAGAAGAAGCUUGCUUGUGGAAUUCAGUUGCAAUUCAUGCGGAGAAAGAACAAAGCGGCUUAUCAAUCGCUUGGCCUAUGAACGCGGCCUCGUCUUUGUCCAGUGUGCAGGAUGUCUUCGGCAUCACAAACUGGUAGACAAUCUUGGCCUCAUUGUUGAGUACGACUUCCGCAAAACCUCCGAGGAUUUGAGUACCGAUCAAGUUUGAUAAGUUACAUCGAAUGAGCUGAAUCAAUUUUUGUUCUUUUCUUUCUUGAUAAGUAAGAUUGUGUUCCGCAAAGAAUAGAUGAAAAAAAAUGUAUUAUUGUUGAAUCAAUGUGUUUGGUAUACAUGUGGAAAAAUUGUAGCUGCUCAAGUCGAUACAUCUGUGAUAUAAUGAGAAGAGCUAGAAAUUUUUAGACUGUAAUAGCCAGCAGAAAGAGAAUUCCCAGCGCGGUAUUGAGCCACAUUCCUUGCAGCUGAUUUAAGGCAUUUCCUCCAUUCUGUAAACCACAACAUUCAAGAAGAAGGUUAUAAUUUAACAGUGGUGGUCAACCUUUUAUAUCGCCUUGCAAUAUGGGUGAUUCUGUAUUUCUUUCAAGAUUCUUGUUUUAGUAUGAAAGUAUUUAUACCGCGUUCUGAGAUGG